GGGAGGGGCUGCGGACACCCGAAAGCCCCAGUGACGCCAGGUGGCGCAGGCCUCCUUCCCAGCGGGGCUGUGCAGGGUGGCUGUGUGUAGUGGGACCCUGGGGAGCACAGCGAGCCUUUCCACUGCUGGCUUCCACGGGUUCUGGCACUGUUGCUGCUUUUAGCAAUUUGGGAAAAAGAAAAAAACGUUUUUCAUUCAUAUGGUAUAGUUCUGAUAAAUAAUCCUGCAAGGGAUGGUGGAAUUGCGCUUGGACAUUGGAAUCUGGUACAGGAAUGUGUCAUGUGGAACAGGAAGACUCCAAGAAGGUAAAAGCUUGCGUUUGGCUGCUCAUAAACAAAGAAGUUGUUGCUAUGGGGACUGGAACAAAAUGUAUUGGUCAAAACAAAAUGAGAAAAACAGGGGACAUUCUGAAUGACAGCCACGCUGAAGUUGUGGCCAAGAGGAGCUUCCAGAGGUAUCUUCUCCAUCAGAUGUGGCUGGCAGCUUCCUGCCAGCAAUGCAGUAUCUUCAUUCCAGGAACUGAAACUGGAAAAUGGAAACUCAAACCAAAUAUCAUAUUUAUUUUCUUCUCCAGUCAUACCCCAUGUGGAGAUGCUUCUAUUAUUCCAAUGAGUGAACUAGAGAACCAGCCUUCUAGGCUGGUAAUUGGAGAAGAUGCAGAUGGGCCAUCAGCAAAGUGUGGUAGAAACCAUGAUCAUUUGGGUCCAGAAGAUAAAAGGAAAUUAGAGGAAAUGGCAAGUAAUCCUAAAAUCAAGAGAAUGAAAACUGUUAAUAAUUGUUUUUCUGUGAUCACUGAAGACCUGGCUGCUCAGCAAGUAUCUGGGAAACAAGCAAGCUUAGAAGACAACACGGAUCCAAAGAGCUUUGAAUAUCCUGCAGAGAUGCAAAGAGCUGAUAAGAGUGCUGGCCUAGGCAGAGCCAAGGUGGUUGAUGUUUAUAGAACUGGAGCAAAGUGCGUACCUGGAGAGUUAGCUGAUGCCCAGAAACCUGGGAUAGAAUAUCACCGAGUGGGAUUAUUACGAGUGAAGCCAGGUCGUGGGGACAGAACGUGCUCCAUGUCCUGCAGCGAUAAACUAGCUCGCUGGAAUGUACUAGGGUGUCAAGGAGCUCUUCUGAUGCAUUUCUUGCAGUAUCCAGUGUAUCUGUCAGCAAUUGUAGUGGGGAAGUGUCCAUAUAGCCAAGAAGCUAUGCAAAGAGCAAUUAUUGAUAGGUGUCAGCAGAUCCCAUUUUUACCAGAUGGUUUUCUCACUCAGGAGAUUAAACUGUUGCAUUCAAAUCUUCAGUUUGAACAUAGCCGUCAGGCAAUCCAGGAAGUACAGACCAACAGCAAAACAAAACUUGUUCCGUGUGGUGCAGCUAUCAGUUGGAGUGCAGUCCCUGAGCAACCUCUGGAUGUCACUUCAAACGGCUUCCGGCAGGGAACAACAAAGAAAGGGAUCGGCAGCCAUCAGAGCAGAUCCAAGAUAUGUAAAGUAGAACUCUUCCAUACAUUCCGAAAGCUGGUGACAAGCAUUUCACAAGAGGAUCUGCCAGACACUCUCAGGAUGAAGACCUUAGAAACCUAUUGCGACUACAAGGAAGCUGCAAUAAAUUAUCAAGAAGCCUGGGAAGUGCUGCGUAGCCAAGCCCUGCAGGGCUGGGUCAAGAAUGCCAAGGAAUACCUGCAGUUCACGUGAAAAUAUGAGGCUGUAUAAAUUCAGUAAUAAGCCCUGAUGCAAAGCAGAUACCUCUGCCGUUCAAGAGACAGGAAAGAUUGUGCUCUAGUUUCUGUGCCGUAAGGAGAGAGGAGUGAAAAGGAAAGCAGUUUAAAGAAGCCCUUAUUUUGGUUGAUUUGAACCCCCCUUUUUUAUGAGAUAUAAAAAAGAAUCAUUGCAGACCUAGAAUUUUGAGCUGCACAAAGCAAUAUCUCACCAUUAGAAAGGAAGCAGUGGUGUGCCAUCCUCUCUUAUCUGAGUAUAUGAUCUAUCACUUGUAGUCCACUGUAAUGGGAGUAGUGUCAGCUGAAAUUGCUAUGAAACAAAGUCAGUCACUGUAAAACUCUAGUGCUGUUUUUUUUCUCCCCCUCUUCAUAACUUUCUGAUUGGCUUUAUGUGUUGCUGGGACAACCCUAAUAUAUAGUAAGCUGUACUUCUAUAACUCUUGGCUCUUUUUGCUUGGUGCCUGGAAAAAUUUUUUGUUUCCCCUAGUCUCUAACUGGAAAUAUUAGUUUUGUUCAAAGAUAUUUUUUCUUUUUCAUGUGAAUGUGUAUUUCUAGAAGUAGUCAAAGAGAAGUAAAAGAGUGAUGGGAAGAAGACUGUGUCAAACUGUACAGUUUAUAGCACAUGCUGCAUCUCUCUUUUCAGAACCUUGCCAGAUACCCCUUUAACUGCUGUGCUUCCGUGGAUGGGAAAGAAACCUCCUAAAUUAGUUGGUUCAGUCCUAUAAAAUUGCAGGCAAACAUUUACCUACUUUUCAGUGAUUCAAGUACCAGUUCCUCCCAGUGAUAAAUGGUUAAUGAGAAGCAGAGAAGUCUUAGACAUUUACCUCACUGUUUCCUGGCAAGUAUUCAUUAAUAGCCUGGCAAAGGUGAAGAUGAUUUGGGGGGAUUGGAAAUUGUCCUUGGCAGUCUUUGCUUUUCUGCUUUAUUGCAAAAUAACAUCUAUAUGGCAAAACAGUCCAAAACUGCUAGCUGGGGGAAAGCAGUGCGUGAUCCUCCUUACGCUUCCUGUCCCAAUUAAUUGCCUUCCAAGAGCAAUUUCAGCACUAUGUAGUUGCUAGUGAAUGCAUUUCCUUUUUGUACUUGUGCUACUGCAACCUAAUAUUCACAAAAUACUUGGGCAAAGCAAUGGGAGGAUGAAAGAAGUAAUAACUUCUGAAUUUAAGAAUUCUUUAGUGAUUUGAGUUUCGUGUUCUUUGCUAUUUCACUGCUGUUCUGGUUUUGAAAAAUGGGUAUGGCAUUUCUCAUAACAACCUCUAGAGUGCAUCUGUUGAGCUGCAUAUGGGACUGGACAGGUGGUAGGAGAGAUCAGAUUGCAGUCUGAGAAUUGGUUACCACAAAUCCUUUUGCUUCACACUCGGGUUGACUUUUCAAAUUCGAGGAGAUAAGGUUGAAGGAAUAACAAAACUUCAGUUUUCUGUAUGUAAGCCUAUCCACUAAAAUCCAGCAUUGACAUCCAGAAAGACCAGUUAACUUGGGAAAGGAGCAGACAUUCCAUGUCUCUGUAUGUAGAGGGCAGGGGAAUAUGGAGAAUGACAACUUGCUCGAGUCGUCAUAAGCCAAAAGUCAAGCCAAAUGCCAUUGCAGAUGGGUUACUAGGUGAACUGCAGAAAAGCAACCGAUAGAAAUGAUAGCAGUUACUGGAACUGAGGAAAUAGCACUCCAAGGGCAGAGUUGUUGUAGCGUAGUUAUAGAGCUAACCAGUAAAUUUCCAGGCUCCUGAAAUUACUUCUGUCGUCCUCUGAAAUCUUGCAGAAACCAUACCUGAACAUACAUACUUUCCCUUUGUUAAUCAUCAAGGUCUGUAGUGAACUGGCAGAGCAGACUGGAUUGUUCCAAUUUCUUAUCCAGUCUUUCUGCUGGAUCCAGUGAGAUAUCCAGUAACCUAUAUUAAAAUGGGUUACCUACAUAAGGGUAGUUCUGUAAUCUUGGUAUCAGAGUGGCUUUCAGAUGAGCAGUUAGAUGAUGUUAAUUCUUUUAACUCUUUCCUAACAUUUGAACCUGGCUAUCGAGAGGAAUUGUUCCUGGAAAGACUUUCCUAUGCAUUUGUAAAAUACUCAUUAACUGUAGAUGGCUGUUUUCUGCUACUUGUCAGAUUUAAAAGCAGCUUUAGAGGCGCUGACUACUAAUAUUAAGCUCACUGUUUGGGUGGAGUUGAGGGCAUGUUUCAGCCUAGAGAUAGUCACUGAAUCACAAAGAAAGGGAAGGAGUUAAAGCAACAUUUGAAAUAUUCAUUCACUAAGCUUGCAGGAUCUUACUUGCUGGCAUUUCUGAGAUUGAAAAUAGCAGUGUUUAAAUGCUGCAUCUGAUUAAUUCCAAAAUGUCAGGAAAUGCUGUAGCCACUACUGAGAAACAUCUCUGAAAAUCAGAACAGAAAAAAUGCAGAGGUAACCUCUGCUUUUGGAAGAGGUAGCAAACUAAACUUCUGUCAUUGUCUGUAGAUCUUUGGAAGAAUUGCUUCUGGAAGGCAGCACUUGAUGUGUUCCAAGUUUGUAUGACCUUACUCUUCCAUCCUGGAAUAGCUCAUGCACUGAAAAGCAGGGAUGGAUAAAGUGUGGGGAGGACAACAGAAUGCAGAGACCCUGCCACAGGAAAGCAGAUUGGGGACUGAAGUGCCCACAGUUUAUGGUUCAUGGGGAUAACCAAAUAGUUGUCACUGGGAACAGCAAAACAGAUGAGGACACGAGGAUUCUUCAGGCAUGUGUAAAUUGUUCUAUAGAGUGUAUUUGUAUUGCUCAGGUGGGUCUUUGACUUUCUUAAAAAUAGUAUGGGCACUGGCAGUCCCUGUUUGCCAGAACAAAGAAAACUGUAAUCCUUAAUUUAAAUGGGAUGCCUUUAACAGUUUCACUGCUAGAGUAACCAUUCCAUUCUCAGUCAUAGUAAGAGGACAGGGCAGACAGGCUUUUUUGUCUUUAGGGAAGUCAGAACUAGAGCAUAGAAACAACUAGUUUUGUCCAGGUCCAGAAGUAAAUGAUCAGCAAUUAGAGUUUGAAAGUACAGUUUCAUGAGACAACAUGCUAGCACUCCGACCGCCUCUGAAAAAGCAAGGUUCUAAUCUUAGCACCAUGCUUCUACUCCUUAGCUAAUGCUGGCUGGAGAUUCAAAGUAAAUUGAAGAGAAUUCAAAUUACUGCUUCUUGCAGAAAACCAAACUAUUACCCCCAAAGAAGAUAGCUUCUCACUAGGAAUUAAAUCAGCCAUCAGCCCAGCAAGCACUAGGGCAACAGAAGAGCCAGGACUGUGCUGCCGAGAGCAGAAAUGGGAGAAGUCAGGCUUGCUUUUUGCAGUGACAAACUAACAGAGAUUUACGAAACCACGCCUGGAGGAAAUGUUUGAGGUACAAGCAUGAAAAUGAACAGCGAAUUACUUCUGGGAAGCUGCUGUUGGCAGGGAGGAAAGAAAGGUGUUACAGUAAUAUUGGGAACCAAAUGCAGCUGAAAUGCUUAACAGUUCUUUGCCUCAAAGCGUAACCAUCCUGAAUAUCUGAAACUGUCAUUAUAUAAAGGGGCUGUGGCAGCAGUGCUACAGACAGAGGCAAGACAGUUUUUGAGGAAAGACUGUCUAAAUUCAGGUAGUAUUUGCUUAUUUAUGCAGGAGAUUUCAACUUCAGAGUAGGGGAUGUAAAAGUAUUAGUGUAGGAAUUGUUUUGUAUUUACUCCAUCUUAGUUCAGUGUAUAGAUUGAAAUGCCUUCCCAGUCUUGAAGAGUUAACAGAAAGUAAACGUGAUCAUAUGGGCACCAGAUGAAUUAGACAAGUUACUUUUAAUCAUUUUAUAAGACUGACUGUGCAGAAGGGGGCAAUUCAAAUGAAAAUCUCUUGAUCUGUUUUGUUUGUAUUUGUAGAUGCAAAAUAAAGUUACUGCUUCAGAAUCUUUA